CGUAUAAACAAACAACCAAUUUACAUAAUUAGAAUACCAAGUAAAAGUAUAAAUUCAACAAGAAAAGCAAUUAAUAAAAUAUUAUGCUUAUCCAUUGUAUUAUGUUGAUAUCUCUUAAUAAUAAAUGUAAAACAAAAUAGACGAAGCAGAGAACAUAACAACAAUAAGAAAAAAACCAGACUUUUAUUAUCAUUUGCUUUCAUAGAGGUCAUGCAAAAUCCAAUGAAACAGUUUUAAUUCAUGGUGCUAGUGGAGGAGUUGGUAUUGCAGCUGUACAAUUGGCAAAAUCACUUGGUUUACGUGUUAUUGGUACAGCAUCUACUGAACAAGGUUUGCAAGCAGUACAUAAUCAAGGUGCUGAUCUUGUAUUCAAUCAUAAACAAGAAGGAUAUCUUAAAGAUAUCGCAAACACUUCAAUAAAUAAUGGAGGAGUUGAUUUAAUAAUUGAAAUGUUAGCAAAUGUUAAUUUAAAUAAUGAUUUGCAAUUGCUUAGAUCGCAUGUUGGUCGUGUUGUUGUUGUCGGUAAUCGUGGUACAAUUGAUAUUAAUCCUCGACUUUUAAUGAUGAAAGAAACAAGUGUCCAUGGUGUUAGUUUAUUUAGUUCAAGUGAAGAUGAAAUUCAAAUGAUAAAUGCUUAUUUACAAUUUGGUCUUAAAAAUGGUAUUUUAAAACCACUUCUCGGUCAAACAUAUCCAUUAGAACAAGCAGCACAAGCUCAUACAGAUGUUGUUUUUAAUAGUGGUGCAUGUGGAAGACUUACACUUAAAAUAUAA